CUUUUCUUUCUCAAAGUGAAAUUUAUCAUAAUUUAUCACCGUCCUUCUUAAAAGCAUUAUUUUCAACUAGAAAAAGUAGUUGACUAAGCUAUUGCUAGACUUUAGUUUAUAUAAAAAAGAACGAAUGAAAGCAUGGAUACAGCCGCUUGCUUAUUCUACCCAAACAUUGUUUCUGCUGAAGCCGCCAGUAGUAAUUCUAUGGAAAUCUCACCUUCUCAGUCAUUGAGUCAGAGUACCUCCCUCCCACAGCAGAUGCGCAAGCUCCAAACUAUUGACCUUAAUACAGGGCCUACUGCCAAUGCUGAAUCGACAACAACAACAUUCAAUUCCUCUCUAGAAGAUGUUUCUCGUCUACAGCAAGAUUUUGAAAGCCUACUUUUAUCACCACUGACCCCUCCGAUGAGCGAUGGUAACAAUGAUAAUGGUGGCGGUAAUACCAUUCAAGCUCAAGAAGUUCCUGACGAUAUGUUGGUCGCUCUGAUUGACCGACCUGCAGAAAUGCGACAGCUUGUUCAGCACAAUGCCUCAUUUUUUGAACAACUUCACCAAGAACUUCACUCUAACAAUAACAAUGGUUCUAGUAGUUGUACUUGGCCACGCUUUGAGAACACGCUCUACUGCGAUAGAAACAUUUUAUCUGACAUGGAAUGGAUGACACGUAUUUCCAAAGCAUUAAGCAAUGGACCUCCUCAUUAUCUAAGCCAUUUUAAAAUGCUCGUGGGUUAUAUCGGCGAUGAAUCAAAGCUACAGGACAAUAUGAUGGGCAAAGAGUUCUUAAACGUACCUUUAGUGCGUUUGCGCUAUCUAUCAGAAUUAACAAAGAAAAUUUCAGAAAGAUCAUACCCGCAAUUUUUCAUCAACUGCCGAGAAGCAUUACAGAACGAUGGUACCGCUACAUACAAAUUGUUUAUAGAUUUACUAUUUCAUACCGAUCCUGAAGAGUUACCAGACCAUGAAUGGGAAAAGAAAAUAUACAAUAUAUUACAAUCACAUCCGAAUGUAUUGGAGCAAUUACAAGAAAUAGCAGCUUACGAACUUGAAGAAGAAGAAGAAGAUGACGACGAUCACAAUGAACAAUGAUUACUAUUUAUUGAUUUUUUUUUUACUGUUUAAGAGUA